AUGACAUCCUACCUUCAAAAAGAAAGGAUCUCAGACCAGUGGAAGACCUCGCGAACCGUUCUUAUCCAUAAGAUAGGUGACCGAGAGGACCUUCGGAACUACCGUCCGAUACGCUUGCUGAGUGUGUUAUACAAAGUAUUCACCAAGAUCAUCCUCACGCGCAUACCUAGGACGCCGGAUGGAGCACAGCCUCAAGAACAAGCUGGAUGCCGCCAGGGGUUCAGCUGCUUGGACCACAUCCAGACCGUGUCGAGGGUCAUAGAGGUUUGCCGGGAAUACCGCCUGCCCCUUGUUCUAACCUUCGUCGACUAUGAGAAAGCCAUCGACAGCGUAGAUACGAAUGCAAUACUGUCAUGGCUGGUCGAUCAAGGUGUGGACGCUUCGUAUGUGAGGACAUUAGCCAACUGCUACGAUCGAUGCACCACUAAGGUACAGCUGUUCCACCGCCCCCUCACCAUACCACUGGAAAGGAGGUACGACAAGGCAUACUAUAUACUAUUACUAUAUACUAUAUCGCCGAAGCUGUUCACGGCUGCAUUGCAAUGA